UCUGAAGUUUUAGUUGAUGUCUUGCAUUUGUGUAUAUAUUUUGUAUUAAAGAUGCCGGCACAAAUGCAAAAUAAAGUUUUAAUAUACGAAGGGUGUAAUUAUUUAAGAUAUCGUCUUUUAUUAUCGACGUUAUCUGGAAAACCAGUGCGCAUAACUAAUAUAAGAACUAAAGACGAUGAUCCUGGAUUAAGAGAAUAUGAGAUAAGUUUCAUACGUUUAUUAGAUAAAAUUACUAAUGGUACUAGAGUAGAAUUGAAUGAAACAGGUACAUCUUUAUAUUACAAUCCUGGUUUAUUGAAUGGUGGAGAAUUAGAACAUGAUUGUAGCUUGCAGCGGGGAAUUGGAUAUUAUUUAGAAGCUGUCAUUAUAUUAGCACCUUUUUGCAAAGUACCUAUUGACAUCAAGCUUAGAGGAGUAACGAGUAAUACAUUGGAUCCAUCUGUGGAUAGAAUUAAAGCAUCAUGUAUACCAUUAUUAAAAAGAUUUGUAGUGGAUACAGAUAUCGAGCUUAAUAUCAAAAAGAGAGGAAUGGCACCGCUAGGAGGUGGAGAAAUACAUUUUAAAUGUCCACUUUGUCGUACUCUUAAAUCUAUACAACUUCAAAACAGUGGUAUGGUUAAACGUAUUAGAGGACUUUCUUGUAGUGUGCGUGUUUCACCAGCAAUUGCCAAUCGUAUGGUUGAAUCUGCUAAAGGUGUAUUAUUAAAAUUUUUACCAGAUAUAUACAUACAUACGGAUCAUUGUAGAGGUGCAGCUAGUGGCAAAUCACCAGGUUUUGCUAUAAGUUUGACUGCUGAAACAACCAAUGGUAUUUUUCUCAGUGGAGAGGCUUGUUCACCUUUAAUGACAACAGGUUCUUUACCUUGUGUACCAGAAGACCUUGGAAAAGAAGCAGCUAUGAUAUUACUUGAUGAAAUUUAUCGAAAUGGAUGUGUCGAUUCUCCAUUCCAAAGUAUGGCAGCAUUAUUUAUGGUACUUGGUAAAAAAGAUGUGUCCAAAAUUGUAACAGGACCCUUAACCCAAUCAAUGAUACAAUUUUUAAGAGAUUUACGAGAUUUUCUUGGAACAGUUUUUAAAAUUGAAUCUGUUAAAGAAGAAGAUGAAAUAAAAGACCAGGUAACCUUGACUUGUGUUGGCAUAGGGUAUACUAACUUAAGUAAACGGACAUUAUAAAAUAUUUAUAUUAAAUAUAUUUAAAGAUAAUUUUUUAAA